GCUAAAGCCAGCCCGGGACCGAAGGAAACCGAGUGACAGAAUGGGGCUCGGACAGGUUACAUUCCUUCGAGAAUGUUCCCGUGAGAUAAAUUACACGAUUUCAAUAAUCGGAGUCACUGGCUGCAUCUGCAUACUUAUCAGAGACCGGACUCAGCGGGCGCAUAUCCGUCCGUAUCACAGAUGAAAACAACAAAAAGCAGAGCAGUUGUAGUAUCUACCGGCGAAAUUUAUGGACAUAUGCUCGAAUUUGAUUCUCAAUGACUCUGAUACCUGUGCUGUCAACUUGAGCAUGACACACAGAACAUAGUCUAUCACUGCGCAGCCACUAUGAUGCAUAUGUCAUGAUGGCACGACUUGCCCAACACUUCCAGACCAUGAGAUACUCGAUUUCGGCCUUGCCACUGGCCGCCCCGUCCCAGCUACUGACUCAGAACCUCACACCCGACCGUCUCACCCCUACUGUCUCUGCGUUCCGCAGCUCCAACCAGAAGAGUCUAUCCCGUCGUGCCCGCCUGCUCGCCCCGGAAUCCCACUUCUCCUACGUCAUCCCACUGCCGACGUCCUUCCCGUACGACAUCGAGCCGCCCUCACCCGAUGGCAGCGACAACGAUGACGCGUCGGGGUCAUACAUCGAGAACUGGCUCGCCGCGCGCGAAGCAUCCGUCGCACAGCCGCCGAUCGUGCCCAACGCGCCUCUCACCAAGCAUGUUCCGCAGGUGCAGGCCGCCGGACCCGCGCGCCUGCUUGGCAUCUCCGAAACGGCCUUGAGAGAUUGCGUUCCGCACUUGGAAGUUGGGGACGCGUUCGCGCAUCUCGGCGCCCCUGGGCUCGCAGGCACCGAGCCUGCAGAGGAACCGGAGGACGGCUUACCGGAAGCGGUGGCCGCGCGUGAGGAUCUCGUGGACGUUUGCAGCGGCCGCGCGGUGCUCAUGUCCGACACAUUCGCCCCUUGGUCCAUGCGAUACAGUGGACACCAGUUUGGGAGCUGGGCGGGGCAGCUGGGAGAUGGUCGUGCUACCUCGAUCCUCGUCACUCCCCAUCCUUCGGAUCCAGUGCUGACGUAUGAGCUGCAGCUCAAAGGUUCCGGGAGGACACCCUUCUCACGCUCCGCUGACGGGCUUGCCGUGACGCGCUCUAGUAUUCGUGAAUAUCUGGGCUCGGAAGCUAUGCAAGCUCUGGGGAUUCCCACGACCCGUGCACUGUCUCUCGUCUCGCUCCCCGAUGUGAGCGUCGCUCGAGAGAAGCUCGAGAAAGCGUGCGUUCUCACGCGCCUUGCGCCGUCGUUCGUGCGGAUCGGUUGUUUCGAGGCCUUCUCGCCGCCCCAAAACACGUUCCUCUUCGGCGGUGGCCAGCAGGUCGCUCACUGGGACGGUCUGCGCAUCCUCGGCGAGUGGGUAGCCAAGAAUGUGCUCGGUCUGGACGUUGGGAAGCCGUGGGGACAAGCGCUGGUCCUUGAGGCUGCGAGACGAAACGCACUGAUGGUGGCUGGGUGGCAAGCCUACGGAUUCAUGCAUGGGGUGAUCAACACUGACAAUGUAUCGAUCAUGGGCCUGACGAUCGACUACGGACCUUUUGCGUUCAUGGACGUAUUUGAUCCCUACCACAUCUGCAACCACACCGAUGAGGAGGGUCGCUAUGCGUAUCGGUCCCAACCCACGAACAUCCUGUUUGCUCUGCGAGCAUUGCACACGGCGCUUGCCCCGCUCAUUGGAGCCGAGCUGUCUCUGGGACAUGCGGUCGAGGCCGGCUGGGCUGAGGGCGGAGACAUCGCAGCCUGGAAGACUAGCGGAUUGGAUGCUUUGAAAGACGAAAUCGAGCGGGUCACGCAAAGCGAGAUGGCGGCUUCCUACGCCGAACUCAUGAGGAAGCGACUCGCUCUCCGCACUGCAGAAUCCACAGAUGAAGCGAAGAUCGUCCGGCCUCUACUCGACCUGAUGGCCGACCAGAAGCUCGACUUCCAUGGAACGUUCCGGACGUUGUGCGGAUUCUCGCCCGGGAUGUCAAGUGACGAGAAAGACCGACUGGUGGAAAGGCUGCAGGCACAAGCGCCCGACAUGCAACUGGUAGAUCAAGCCGCCGGAUCGAAAGCCUUGCGCGACUGGCUUGACGUCUAUUCCGAGCGUGUCGAGCGAGAGGCUGAUGCCUGGGGGGCAGGGGAUCGUCAAGCCGCAGCUCGCAACGCCAACCCGCGCUUUGUCCUGCGGCAGUGGGUCCUCGAGGAGGUGAUCGCCGUCGUCGAGAAGGACCCUGUGCGCGGAAAGCAGAUGCUCGCCAAGGUCAUGCAUAUGGCGUCGAAUCCGUUCCAGACGUGGGGAGCGGAAGACUCGGUUGAGGAAUUGAGCGCAGAGGAGACGGAGGAACGACGGUUCUGCGGUUUUGGAGAGAAGAAGAUGCUAGGAUUCCAGUGCAGCUGCUCGAGCUGAGGAACUGAAUGUAUCUGUGCAGAAAGAUAAGAAUCGAAUCGUACGGUCAUCUGUGCAUAUAUGAACCGGGAACGACUAGCGAGUGCGUAGCGUUAAGCAACAAAAAUCGCUGAGUAGUCUGUAAACUUCUGCUUGACCCCUCCUCAGCCGAAUUAACACUAUUUGAUGAACGUUCGAUGGGACAUUUCACUUGUGAUUUCCGUGUCCAGGGCUACACAUAGAACAUACAGUUCCGGCAAUGCGUAGGGGGCCGCAAGACUAGAGAGAUGUGGAAACUCGCACAACUAUGCGGGCGGAAGA